AUGGCCAGCGUCGACCUUGUUCGCGUAGGGAAGAACUUGUUGAAGAGCGCUGACAACGGGGAGAGUGUCGAGCUCCAGUCUCUAUGGCAGGAUCGGCCAGUAGUCUUGUUCUUCCUGCGCCGCUUCGGGUGCCAAAUUUGCCGUUGGACAGCGGCCGAGAUUAGCAAACUGGAGCCUGACCUGAGCGCCAACAACGUCGCUCUGGUGGGAAUCGGACCCGAGGAGUUCGGCCUCGAGGAGUUCAAGAAGUUGGGCUUCUUUAAAGGAUCAAUUUACAUCGAUGAGCAAAAGAAAUGCUACAAGGAUUUGGGCUUUAAAAGGUACACAGCUUUGAGUGUGGUUCCCGCCGCUUUGGGGAAGAAAGUACGAGAAGUGUCUUCAAAGGCCAGCGCUGACGGCAUACAGGGUAACUUCUCUGGCGACCUGCUCCAAAGUGGAGGCAUGCUCAUCGUUGCCAAAGGGGGAGAAAAGACUUUACUGCACUUUGUCCAGGAAACCCCAGGUGACUAUGUACCAUUGGAGGAUAUUGCAAAAGCUUUGUCCAUUUCCUCCAAUGCGAAAGCGGGACAGAAGCCAGUGUGCAAUGAUGACGUUUGCACCCGAUGA